AGGGAGGAAGGUAUCGCUAAGCGUGGAAGCUGCUUAUCUGUUACAGACAAAAACAUUAUUUACUCUUCUUCGAAGUUGGUUGAUGGUUUCGCUAUACUCGUUUUCUUCACAACUUUGGCAAAAAUACAAUACAGGGAUUUUAUAAUCGAGCCUAACGCCAAACAUCCGGAAAUAUGAGUAUGUAGAUAGCAUGUACAGUUAGCAUUAAUGCGGCUAAUAGUUUUAGCAAGCGUCGAAUUUAAAAACCACGACCUCGUCAAAGGUUAUUAAGGCUUCUGUCAUAUUUUCAAAAAGUUCCCAAAGUAAGCCAAUAUUUUCUUAUUGAUAUCAAGUCUGGCCGUGGUGGAAACAAAGUUAGGCUGGAUCUAAAAUGCUCAUUGAAAACCUCGAUGCCUUGAAAACAUGGCUGUCUGAAACCCUUGAACCCAUCUGUGAUGCAGACCCUUCUGCUCUCGCAAAGUAUGUUGUUGCUUUGGUGAAGAAGGACAAAACAGAGAAAGAACUCAAAGCUUUGUGCAUCGAUCAGUUGGAUGUAUUUCUACAGAAAGAGACCCAGCAAUUUGUGGAUAAGCUGUUUGAAGCAAUUAACAACAAGAAAUACCUUCCUCAGCCAGAGGUACUAACCUCUCAGGUCAAAGCUGAGAAAGAAGAGCCGAAAAAAGAUGAGAUAAAUCGAGAGGAAGAUAGAGAAAAAAAGUUCUCCCGGCGAGUGAAUCACAGUCCUCCACAGUCUAGCUCUCGUCAUAGCAGAGAAAGCAGGAGAGGAGAUGACCGGAAGAGAGACGAUCGCACCAGGAAGAGGGACUACGAUCGCAUUCCACCAAGGAGGGACUCAUACCGAGAGCGUUACAAUCGGAGGAGAGGUCGCAGUUACAGUCGUAGUCGCAGUCGGAGCUGGAGCAAGGAUCGCACCCGAGAUCGGGACAGAGAACGCGACAGGGAUAGAGAAAGAGACCGUGAUCGCAGCAGAAGUCGGUCUAACAGCAGAACUCGAUCCAGAAGCAGGAGUAGAGAACGAGAUUCUGGAAAGGCUCGAGACAGGUCAGAAGUCGUUGACAGCUACCCUGCGCCAGCCCAGGUUUCCUCUGCAUCCACUUCACACUUCCCUGUGCCAACACUAAGCAGCGCCAUCACAGUCAUCGCUCCUACGCAUCAUCAUGGAAACAGCACCACUGAGAGUUGGUCAGACUUCUGCCCUGACCAGCAUAAUCUAGAUCGCGCCCCCUUUGGAAGGGGACCUCCAUCCCAACCAAGAAAGCGAUGCCGUGACUACGAUGAAAAGGGCUUCUGCAUGCGUGGGGACAUGUGUCCUUUUGACCACGGUAGUGAUCCAGUUGUAGUAGAGGAUGUCAAUUUGCCCAAUAUGCUGCCUUUCCAACCUCCACCAAUCCCAAGUGUUGACCCACCACCACCACCACCACCUCCAGGGCUCCCUCCACCACCACCUCUUAUGAACCCUCCUCCUGUCAACCUACGACCCCCUUUACCUCCACCCGGAGCGCUUCCACCUGGAGCCCUUCCACCCGGAGCGCUUCCACCCGGAGCGCUUCCACCCGGAGCACUUCCACCCGGAGCGCUUCCACCCAGCCUUCCUCCUGUUGCAGGCCCCCCCCCUCCACUCCCUCCAAUGCAGCCACCAGGCAUGGAUACGCCUCACAACUCCCUCAGCAGCUCUGUUCCUACUGUUGUCACCUCUGGAAUACCCCGGAAGUCGGCCCCUCUUUUCUCUGCAGACAAUUAUGAAGCAGAUGUGUAUAACCCUGAGGCUCCCAGCAUUACCAGUGUCUCCAGGCCAAUGUAUCGACACCGGGUCAAUGCUCAGAGACCGAACUUGAUCGGACUCACAAUGGGAGACGUAGACCAGCCUCCCAGAGAUAAAAUACCGUGCAACUCGAUGCGGAUUGUUAUGGAAUCUAAUUCAAGAAAGAGAUCCUCUGUGUCCCACGAUGGAGGCCCCCUCCUCAAGAAGCCUUGGUUCGACAAGCCAAACUUUAACAAGCCCAACCAUCAGGGCUUCCACAAAAGGCUCCCAUUCUCUCCCAACACCAAGCUGUUGGUUCGGCAAAUUCCUCAUGAGCUCAACAAUAUCAGCAAACUCAAUGAACACUUCAGCAAGUUUGGCACCAUUGUCAACCUACAGGUGGCUUACCAUAAUGACCCAGAGGGUGCACUAAUCCAGUUUGCCUCUCCUGAUGAGGCCAAGAGGGCAAUACAGAGUACAGAAGCGGUUCUCAACAACCGCUUCAUCAGGGUGCACUGGUUUAGAGAAGAUCAGAGCAAUGAUGGUCCUGGCCAGGGUCACCUUCAACAACAACAACAGCAGCAGCCAGCAGUGCAGCCCGCGACCACCUCAGUGAAGCAAUCUGUCAAAGACCGACUCGGACCUAUGCUCUCUGUGAACUCGGAGUCCUCUCAAGACUCCAAUAUAACUGUUCAGAAAGUUUCUGUUAAAGACCGUUUGGGAUUUUCUUCCAAACAGACAGCACCUGUGGAAAAAGUGUUCUCGACAUCAACAGGUCUGGCCAAAACUGUGUACAAUCCCAUCGCCCUAAAGGCGGCUCAGAAAACGUCAGAGGAAGCCCUGAAGAAAAAACAGGAAGCUCUUAAACUACAGCAGGAUGUGAGAAAGAAGAAACAAGAAAUACUGGAGAAGCACAUUGAGACACAGAAGCUUCUGAUAUCUAAACUUGAGAAGAACAAAGUCCAAAAAGAUAAAUCUAAGAUCAUGGAAACUUUGGCCAUGUUGAGCAAGAGCAUCACUAAACUACAAGAGGAGAUAAAGGGAAUCUCCAGCAACAAUCCGCUGCGUGUUGCCAAAAGCAAGGCCCAGGCACAGAGAGAGCUGCUGGACACUGAGUUGGACCUUUACAAGAAAACUCAGGCUGGAGAGGACACAGCAAAGUUGAGGAUCAAAUAUACACAGCUGCAGAUUGAGGCUGCAAAGAGGGGUCUUCUGUCAACAGGAAGAGGCCGGGGGGUGCACAGUCGGGGACGAGGUUCCCUAAGAACAAGGGGACGAGGCUCCAGAGGCCGGGGAAGAAAUAUGCCGCACCAUGCAGUGGUGGACCACCGGCCACGAGCAAUGGAAAUAUCUGGUUUCACUGAAGAAGACUGUGUCAACCUUUUACCACACUUUGCUCAACACGGAGAGAUUGAAGAUUGUCAAAUUGACGAAAACAACCUGUCCGCGGUUAUCACCUACAAGACGAGAGCAGAGGCAGAGCAGGCGGCUGUACACGGAGCCAGAUUCAACAACCAGAUUUUACACCUGGCCUGGCACAAACCUGUCAACACUCUGACUGCUGUGGAGGCCGACGAGGCAGAACCUGAAGAGAACGAGUAUCCAGAAGAAUCAUUGAGUGACGAUGCACUGCUGCAGGACGAUGAUGAGGAAGAGGAUGACAAUGAGCCUCGCUCCUGGCGUAGAUGAAGAUGCACCACCAGCAGCUCCUCCUCCUCUGGUUACAGCGGUGUGGGAAAAACAAGCAGCAGAUCAAGAACUUUGUAGGAUUUUUUAAAGCCAACUUAGAAAUCAAGCAAGAUACAUUUGUUUUGGAGAGAGUAUUUUUUUUUUCUGCCCACACUAAAGAUGUGUCAAAUGAAAAAAAUAGGGUUCAUUUUAACGUGUGUAACAGAUGUCAUAGUGGUGAUUUUUUUUUUAAUGCUCUUAAUGUAGAAAUAGGUGACAUGUUUUUUUUUUAAUCUGUUUGUUUUUGUUUAAGGUACACAAUGUCUGGACAGGUCACAGGACUGUAAUUCUGAAAAAACUGUGUUGUAAUUUCAAAGAUUGACGAUCAGGAGUUUUGACUCGAAGGAUCACUUUGACUGGUGUAAAUAUUUUAUUUCUGGAUUUCAAUGAUUUGUAUGAACGCUUUGGUUUUUUUUUUGAACUGUACCAAAAAAUAAAGAAUUGAAAUGGUCUGAAAAUAUCCUGCCAAAACAAGCAAAAAA